UUCGGAGAAGGCGGAAGAUCUGACAGCCGGAAGGAAGCGCUUCUGCGGGGUAGAAAAUUAGCCAGCCAGUAGGAUUGGAAGGGGUACAGCUGCAGAAAAUAUUUUAAAGCUUGUUUUAAAUUGCAAUCCGCUGAACCUCCGUUGCAAUGAUUCUACUGGAAAUCAACAACCGGAUUAUCGAGGAGACGCUGUCUCUCAAAUUUGACAGCGCUUCAAACGGGAACAAGCCUGAAGCAGUAGAAGUCACGUUUGCAGACUUCGAUGGCGUCCUCUACCAUAUUUCCAACCCGAAUGGCGACAAGACCAAGGUGAUGGUCAGCAUCUCGCUAAAGUUCUACAAGGAGCUGCAGGAACACGGCGCCGAUGAGCUCCUGAAGAGGUUGUACGGGAACUUCCUGGUGCCGCCGGAGGACGCCUACAACGUGUCCCUGCUCUAUGACCUGGACUCCGUGCCGGCCAAUAAGGACGAGGUGGUGCACCAGGCAGGCAUGCUGAAGAGGAACUGCUUCGCCUCCGUCUUCGAGAAGUACUUCAAGUUUCAGGAGGAGGGCCGCGAGGGAGAGAAGAGGGCCGUGGUCCACUACAGGGACGACGAGUCCAUGUACCUCGAGGCGAAGAAGGACCGUGUGACCGUGGUCUUCAGCACGGUCUUCAAGGACGACGAUGACGUCAUCAUCGGGAAAGUCUUCAUGCAGGAGUUCAAAGAGGGCCGUCGUGCCAGCCACACCGCCCCCCAGGUGCUGUUCAACCACAGAGAGCCCCCCCUGGAGCUUAAGGACACCGACGCCACCGUGGGGGACAACAUCGGCUACAUCACCUUCGUCCUGUUCCCUCGUCACACCAAUGCCAACGCCAGAGACAACACCAUCAAUCUCAUCCACACCUUCCGCGAUUACCUGCACUACCACAUAAAGUGCUCCAAGGCCUACAUCCACACCCGCAUGAGGGCCAAGACCUCCGAAUUCCUGAAGGUUCUGAACCGAGCCCGGCCUGACGCCGAGAAGAAGGAGAUGAAGACCAUGUCGGGCAAGACAUUCCUGCGCUAAGGGGGCGGGGCAUCAGCCCUCGGACACGUCUGGACACGUCAGACGAGCAGCACACCGCCCCUUCCCCCAAAUACCCCCCCGCCCCCGCCCCCCUACCCCCUCAAGACCAGCUGGAUCAAAUGCCCUCUCUGGCCAGCGUCUUGCGUCACAGCAGAACCUGGCAUUUCAACGUGGGGGGGAAUUUAUGAGGAAAAUAAGGAAUUCAAUAAGAGCAUUCAUUACUUUGCGUAGUUAGAAAGACAGACAAGUCACUCUUAGUCACAUAUCCAUGUAUAAAUGAGUUUUUUUGAUACAAUAUGACUUUUAUUCUGUUGGACAUUUGGUCAUUUUUGCCUUUUUGCCACUGCUCUGCUGAUACCCAACAGUGUUUGCUAGAAAAAUGCAGUAUCCCCUUUUCCUUUGAACUAUGGCUACGUUAUUGUAUGUGCCAUUUUGAAAUCACAUGUUGGUAAAAAAAAAUAAAUCAAUAAACCUGUAUUAUAAAAAA